AUGUCCUCGUACCAGAACAUCGCCCAGGACUACCUGUUCCGUGCAGUGGGCGUGGAGACAGUAGGACCACUCGGACCGGAAGCCUCUCGGCUGAUCAGUGAACUGGGCAAGAUGAUAUGGCAGGAAACAGGCGAGAUACGCCUGCCUGCCAGCGCCACAAAUUGCAGCGCGCCUACCGCCGAGCAACAGCAGCGUAUUGCAGCGCUGCAUGCGGCGGGGUGUGCGGUGGCAGAAAUCGUCAGGAAAGUGGGAACUAGCCUGCACUAUGUUCGCUGUGAGAUCGAGCUUUUGUCCGGGCGCAACCACCACCAGUGCCCGAAUCCUGCGCAUUCCGUGGGCUGCAAUGAUCAAGAAAGGCAGAUUGUCCGCUUGUUUGAUGAAGGACGUGGUGUAUCGGAAAUUGCCCACCGUCUCCGACUGAAUCCUGCAACAGUGUACCGGAAAUUACGCCUCCUCGGCAAGACAACCAUUCGAUAUAGCAAACGUAAGCUGUCAGGAGAAAAGCCCCAUGAGUCGGCAUCGCCACUGCGGGACAAUCGCCAGUCACCGGAAAUGCCCGAGCCGACUGCCGCAUUGCCAACGCGCCGCCCGAUUUUGAACAGUUGUUGCAGGGCUACUCGAUGUACUACAAGAAUUACCGUGACACACAAACAGCAGCAGACCAUCAGGGAACUCUUCGAUAAGGGUUACAGUGCAUCACAUAUCGUACGGCGUGUCGGAUUGGGCCAGCGCGUAAUCGAACAAGAACUGCUGCGUAUGGGCAAGUGCCCGUCUGACAAUGGGGUUGGGGGUCAUCAUCAGCGCUACCACCCUCGCACAGCUGAAGCAAGAAGCAAGAUUUUGCAGCUGUUCGAUCAGAAUGUCAGCCAGGAGGAAAUCUGCCGGCGGGUCAAGCUCAACCAUCAGACCAUCGCCAAGGUCGUACGUUUGGCCGGAAGAAGUUUUACUGACCGUCGAUGGACAAAGUACAAGGACCGGCGAAAGCCACAGAAAUCUGGUCAUCGUGCCGACAGUCGGCAGUCGCGACCGAAAUCACGCUCACUUGCAAGGACCACUGUUCAGGAACAUUCAGAUUCCGAUGAGUUUGAAGACGCAGAAAACGCCGAAGAAGAAGCCAGCCAGCCGGUGGCGAUCCAGUGUUCGGAAGCUAUCACAAGUGACGCCACAGCGAAACCGCUGGAAAUUGCUCCGGAAACGAACCGGCGUCCUGUGACUGACGCAGCUAAAGCAGACAAUGGCGUGAAGGAAGCCGAAACCGCGGUCAUCGGGUGUCACGGACCGGUCGGGGACAGUCGUUACCGUUGCCAGGCGUGUGGAUUCCAGACGGCUGCCGAGACGGCCUUUCUCUCCCAUCUGAUGUCGCCGUCACACAAACGCCACACUGAUAAUUUUCUGCUGGCUUGCGCCGACUGCCAGUUCCGCAGCCGCCAACCCAGUAAAAUGCUCCAGCACUGCAUUAAGCACGCCAACUGA